UUAUGGGUUUCCGUAGAAAGUGUCAGAGACAAGAGCUGCCACAGAGCCAGCUGAGCUGCAGCAGCAGCAGAAGCAGAAGCAACAGAGAAGUGUGCAGUCAUAAUAUAUGAAGCAGAGAGAGAGAAAGAGAAAAUGUCAGCAUUAUAAUCAGAACCAUUAGUUUUAUCCAUGUACAGAAGAUUCUGCAGGCCAAUGGUCCCUGAAAUAAAUAUACCUAUUCAACUCUUCUCCAAGCUCUCUAGUAAUAAUAACAAGUGAUAAUCCUCCCUCCCUCCCUCCCUCCCUCUCCCUUUUUCAUUUCUGCAACUGUCUCUCUUUCCAUUUCUCUGUUGUUUUCUGCUUCAGAAUUUUCACCCCUUCCUCCCUAAGAUGUUGAGUGGAACAAACAAGUUUCCAUUCACUGCGUCACAGUGGCAAGAGCUUGAACAUCAAGCAUUAAUCUUCAAGUAUAUGGUCUCAGGGAUUCCCAUUCCAACUGAUCUCCUCUUCACUAUAAAGAGAAGCUGCUUCGAUUCUCCACUCUCUUCAAAGCUUUUUCCUCGUCAACCUCCACAUAUUGGGUGGAGCUGUUUUCAAAUGGGUAUAGGGAGAAAAAUCGACCCAGAACCAGGGAGAUGCAGAAGAACAGAUGGAAAAAAAUGGAGAUGCUCAAAAGAAGCAUACCCAGAUUCUAAGUACUGUGAGAGACACAUGCAUAGAGGCAAGAAUCGUUCAAGAAAGCCUGUGGAAGUUGCAACACAAACAGUGACAGCCAAGAACCACUCUUCUCUAUUAACCCCACCUUCCCAUUCUCUCUCUUUAUUGUCAUCUGAGACCCACCAAAAUCAUCUUCACUAUUCUGGCUACCAUUCUCAUCUCAAUCAUCAGUUUUUGUCUUCACAGACUUGUUCAAGACCUCCUGGAAUUAGCCUUUCAGCCCGAGACAACGCUGCUCCAUUGCUUUUGGACUCUGGUGGUUCUUGUUCCCUGACGAACACCGGUGACAGGAGUGCUUAUGGGCUGAAAGAGGAGGUUGAUGAGCAUGCUUUCUUCUCAGAAUCCUCUGGUUCUUGGCAAUUCACUCCACUCACAAUGAGCUCAUCCUCUACUGCAUCUUCUUCAAAUCAAAGAAAUUCAUCUAGUUUACAUAACGAGUACUCUUAUUUACAGCUUCAUAGCUUGAACGAUCAUGAUAAUCCAAAGCAACAAAAGCAUUAUCAACGAAGUUAUCUUCUGGGAACUGAUAUGAAAUGUCAUUUACCUUCAAAAAUUGACAGAGAAGAAGAACCCCAGAAGACUUUUCAUCGUUUCUUCGAUGAAUGGCCUCCGAAAAACAAAGAUUCAUGGCUUGAUUUGGAUGAUAAGUCGACAAAUAGCACAUCAAUAUCAACAACUAGACUUUCAAUCUCUAUCCCCUCCUCUUCACAUGACUUCACCAUCUUCAACUCAAGAACACAUAAUGACGGUUGAGCUUUGAGCUGUGGGGAUUCUCUAUCUUCAGCCAAGAAUGUACUUGCCUGGUGGGGUAGGUUUUUUUUGUUAGGUUUAAGAAUUAUUUCUUUUAUUUGUUGUCUUUCUAGCAAAAUGUGGUUGGGAUUGAAUGUGUAUGUUUAAUGAAGUAUCCAAUGUCUUUCACUUUGUUUGUUUUUGUUCUUUUCUACUUAAAUUUAGAGUUAAUUAAUAGUUCUAAGUGACUCAGUUAAGUCUGUUUUGUUGGUAAUCAAAGGUGGAAAUGGGAAAUGUUUGAAUUUUGAUUU